AUGGAAUGCAACAAAGAAGAAGCCAUCAGAAUGAAGGACAUUGCAAAUAGGAAAAUACAAAAUGGUUAUUUUAAAAGGACAAGGAAGAUUGCAUUGAAGGAGCAGCAACUCUACCCUGAACUAGAGAAUAUUUCUCAAAUGUUAAGAGCCAGUGAGUAUGAAUUCUCCGGAUUAAGCGCUCUUUUGAGGAGGCAAUUGUCAACAAGCAAUACAAAAAUUUUGCGCUUGCUUCAUCUUGAUAAGAACAUUUUUGCUAGUGUAGAGGCAGCUUUCAUGCUAAUUGGUGAAGUACAUAGGCAUGUAGCGAAUAGCGAAGUUGUUAAUUAUGUGAGAAGGCCUAAUUUCUGGGGCAGAAGUGGAUGGCCUGAACGAUUUUCCAGUAUCGAUUUGAAGUUUGUGGCUUUGGUUAUGGAUUUCAUAUGGGAGGCCCACUUCUGUAAGCAAACUGCUGGUCCAGUAAGUAACUUGGAUCUUGAUUCUUGA